AUGGGGUCUUCUCCCAUGGCUGCCAAGAGAAACCAAGAACCUCCAAGCCAUUUCCAGGGCUGCCAUGGGGUCGUGCGGCCUCUGCCAAUGGAGAGACUUUAUGACCAAGGCCCUCCGCCGUUUCUGACCAAAACUUAUGACAUCGCUGAUGACCCAACAACCAAUAGGGUUUCUUGUAGCAGAUACAACGAUAGCUUUGUUGUUUUGGAUCCCCAGAACUUUGCCAUUGUUAUGUGCUUCUCCAGGCAGCUCAACACCUGGGGGUUACUUAACGUGAACAAAUGGGAGGAUUUCUCAUGGGCAAAUGCAUCUUCUGAAAAAUGUCAGGAGGAGGCAGACAUCUCACCAUCCUCCUCAUCAGUCUUCACAGAAAGCGUUUUGGAAUUCAAGAUGAAUUCUAAGGAAAUUGCCAAUCACCUGCACCAGCAGAUGCUGUCAUCAGGCACUGCAUUACUGAGAUCUCACAAUGUGAACUUUGGCCAGCCUCUGCUUGAGACAGCUCCAUUGCGCCCUCACCUUCCACUGCAGUUACAGAAAUCUAGCAAAAGCUUGUAG